GUGCGCGGCGGAGCGCAGGCCCUUGCCGGCCACUGACGCAAAGCCAGGCGGCGUGGAGGCCUGAGGCGCCAGUGGCUAGGAGGCGGCGCGGCUCUAGAGCCUGCGCCCGACACCCCCAUACCCCGUGGUAGGAGCCGGGACCCAAACAAAGGCGGGCGGCGAAUAAAAGGCGGCGGCGGCGCCGAGCGCUCGGGUUGCGCGCUGGGGACCAGUCUCAGCACUAGGCUGUGCGCGGUCUGCGCUCUCUGGAGCGGAGCGGGGAACUCGGGCCUCCUGCAGCUACGAAGAGCAUCUCCCUGCGACUUCCGCGAGGGGACAAGUCCUCACGGCGGGGUGGCCGCAGCCCCCGGCCCCUCCGGUGCGCCUCCUUCCCGCGCCGCGGCUCAGCCAGCCCAGCUUGGCCAGCCGAGGCUAUGGACUCGGAGGAUGACCCCUUGCUGCAAGAUGUGUGGCUAGAGGAGGAGCAGGAAGAGGAGGAAGCAACCGGUGAGGCCUUUAGGAGGGCCCAGAAGCCAGGGCCCCGAGCUGGGAAAGGAGGGCAGUGUUGCUGGAGGAGCUGGACCUUGCCUUCCCGGCCGCCCGCCUCGGGCUUCUGGAGCACCCUGGGCUGGGCUUUCACAAAUCCCUGCUGUGCAGGGCUGGUGCUCUUCCUGGGCUGCAGCAUCCCCAUGGCCCUGUCGGCCUUCAUGUUCCUCUACUACCCGCCGCUGGACAUUGACAUCUCCUACAACGCCUUUGAGAUCCGCAACCAUGAGGCCUCCCAGCGUUUUGAUGCCCUCGCGCUGGCGCUUAAGUCCCAGUUUGGGUCCUGGGGGCGCAACCGGCGCGACUUGGCUGACUUCACUUCUGAGACGCUCCAGCGCCUUAUCUCAGAGCAGCUGCAGCAGCUGCAUCUGGGCAACCACUCUCGACCGGUCACCAGGCCCCCACGGGCAGUCUUUGCGGCCCCAAGGCGUGGUCCAGGCACAUCCCCUGACACUUCCGCAGACCAGAAACCAGCAGCCAAUCGGAGUGGGCGUCUUCGGCGGGAGGCCCCAACCCUGGUGGAUCUGGCAGCCAACCAGAGUGAAGGCCCAACGAACCAGGGGAUGCAGAAGAAUGGACGGUGCCAACCCAGCACCCCGCCCCGUGCUGUGGCUGCGGCCAAUCAGAGCCGAGCCCGCAGGGGUGCCUCGCGCUGGGACUACUCACGUUCUUAUGUGAGCGCCAACACCCAGACGCAUGCGCACUGGCGCAUUGAGCUCAUUUUCCUGGCCCGUGGCGACGCAGAGCGCAACAUUUUCACCAGUGAGCGGCUGGUCACAAUCCACGAGAUUGAGCGCAAGAUCAUGGACCACCCGGGCUUCCGGGAGUUCUGCUGGAAACCCCAUGAGGUGCUCAAGGACCUUCCACUAGGGUCCUACUCCUACUGCUCCCCACCCAGCUCGCUCAUGACCUACUUCUUCCCCACUGAGAGAGGCGGCAAGAUCUACUAUGAUGGCAUGGGCCAGGACCUGGCCGACAUCCGGGGCUCCCUAGAGCUGGCCAUGACUCACCCCGAGUUCUACUGGUAUGUGGACGAGGGCCUCUCUGCAGAAAACCUCAAGAGCUCCCUACUGCGCAGCGAGAUCCUCUUUGGAGCACCCCUGCCCAACUACUACUCAGUGGACGAUCGCUGGGAGGAGCAGCGGGCCAAGUUUCAGAGCUUUGUGGUCACCUACGUGGCCAUGCUGGCCAAGCAGUCUACUAGCAAAGUCCAGGUUCUGUAUGGGGGGACAGACCUCUUUGAUUACGAGGUGCGCAGAACCUUCAACAAUGACAUGCUCCUGGCCUUCAUCAGCAGCAGUUGUAUCGCUGCCCUCGUCUACAUUCUCACCUCCUGCUCAGUGUUCCUGUCCUUUUUCGGGAUUGCCAGCAUCGGCCUCAGCUGCCUGGUGGCUCUCUUCCUGUACCAUGUGGUCUUUGGAAUCCAGUACCUGGGCAUCCUCAACGGGGUGGCUGCUUUUGUGAUAGUGGGCAUUGGUGUGGACGAUGUCUUUGUAUUCAUCAACACCUACCGCCAGGCUACCCACCUGGAAGACCCACAGCUGCGGAUGAUCCACACCAUCCAGACGGCAGGAAAGGCCACCUUCUUCACCUCCCUGACCACGGCCGCUGCCUAUGCAGCUAAUGUCUUCUCCCAGAUCCCGGCCGUCCAUGACUUUGGCCUGUUCAUGUCUCUCAUCGUGUCCUGCUGCUGGCUGGCUGUGCUGUUCACCAUGCCUGCUGCCCUGGGCAUCUGGAGCCUUUACAUGGCACCGCUGGAGAGUGCCUGCCAGACCAGCUGCCACCAGAAGUGUGGCCGCAAGAGCUCCCUGCACCUCCCCGGGGACGUGUUUGCCGCCCCCGAGCGGGCUGGGGGCAGCCCCACCCAGGGCCCCAUGCCCUACCUCGAUGAUGACAUCCCCUUGCUGAAUGUGGAGGAGGAGCCAGUGUCGCUGGAGCUGGGAGACGUGUCCCUGGUGUCUGUGCCCCCGGAGAGCCUACAGCCAGCACCCGACAGGGGCAGCCAGGGCCAGCUCAUUGCCCAGCUGCAGGAGUUGCUGUAUCACUGGGCUCUGUGGUCAGCCGUCAAGAGCCGCUGGGUGAUCGUGGGGCUCUUUGUCUCCGUCCUCAUCCUGUCCCUGGUGUUUGCCAGCCGGCUCCGCCCCGCCAGCCGGGCCCCCCUGCUCUUCCGGCCCGAUACCAACAUCCAGGUGCUGCUGGAUCUCAAGUACAACCUGAGCGCUGAAGGCAUAUCGUGCAUCACCUGUUCAGGUCUGUUCCAGGAGAAGCCCCACAGCCUGCAGAACAACAUCCGGACGUCCCUGGAGAAGAAGAAGCGGGGCUCAGGGGUCUCCUGGGCCAGCCGGCCUGAGGCCACCCCACAGGACUCCCCAGGCACCGUGUAUGUCUCCAAGAUGAAGAGUAAGGGUCACCCGGCCGUGUACAGGUUCUCCCUCAACGCCAGCCUGCCUGCCCCUUGGCAGAUCGUGUCCCCCGGGGACGGGGAGGUGCCCUCCUUUCAGGUGUAUAGAGCGCCUUUGGGUAACUUCACCAAGAAGCUGACCGCUUGUAUGUCUACAGUAGGGCUGCUCCAGGCGGCGAGCCCCUCCCGCAAGUGGAUGGUGACAACCUUGGCCUGUGACGCCAAGCGGGGCUGGAAGUUUGACUUCAGCUUCUACGCGGCCGCCAAGGAGCAGCAGCACACCCGGAAAGUGUACUUUGCUCAGUCCCACAAGCCCCCUUUCCACGGGCGUGUGUGCGCCGCGCCUCCGGGCUGCUUGCUCAGCUCCAGCCCCGACGGCCCGACCAAAGGCUUCUUCUACGUGCCCAGUGAGAAAGUGCCCAAGGCCCGCCUCUCGGCCACCUUCGGCUUCAACCCCUGCGUGAACACCGGCUGCGGGAAGCCAGCCGUGCGGCCGCUGGUGGACACCGGGGCCAUGGUCUUCGUGGUCUUUGGCAUCAUUGGCAUCAACCGCACGCGGCAGGUGGACAACCAUGUCAUCGGAGACCCGGGCAGUGUCAUCUAUGACAGCAGCUUUGAUCUCUUCAAAGAGAUUGGGCACCUGUGUCGCCUCUGCAAGGCCAUCGCGGGGAACUCGGAGCUGGUGAAGCCAGGCGGGGCCCAGUGCCUUCCCUCAGGCUACAGCACCUCCUCCGUCCUGCAGAUGCUGCACCCUGAAUGCAAGGAGCUGCCAGAGCCCAACCUGCUCCCGGGGCAGCUGUCCCACGGGGCGGUGGGCGUCAAGGAAGGCCGAGUGCAGUGGAUCUCCAUGGCCUUUGAGUCGACCACGUACAAGGGCAAGUCCUCCUUCCAGACAUACUCCGACUACCUGCGCUGGGAGAGCUUCCUACAGCAGCAGCUGCAGACGUUCCCUGAGGGCUCAGCCCUGCGCCGAGGCUUCCAGACUUGCGAGCACUGGAAACAGAUCUUCAUGGAGAUCAUAGGGGUGCAGAGCGCCCUGUAUGGCCUGGCCCUGUCCUUGCUCAUCUGUGUGGCCGCCGUGGCCGUGUUCACCACCCACGUGCUCCUCCUCCUGCCUGUGCUCCUGAGCAUCUUGGGCAUCGUCUGCCUUGUGGUGACCAUUAUGUACUGGAGCGGCUGGGAGAUGGGUGCCGUGGAGGCCAUCUCCCUGUCCAUCCUCGUCGGCUCCUCCGUGGAUUACUGUGUCCAUCUGGUUGAGGGCUACCUGCUGGCCGGAGAGAACCUGCCCCCGCACCAGGCUGAGGACACCCACUCACAGCGCCAAUGGAGGACACUGGAGGCCGUGCGGCACGUGGGAGUGGCCAUCGUCUCCAGCGCCCUCACCACGGUCAUCGCCACAGUGCCCCUCUUCUUCUGCAUCAUCGCCCCGUUUGCCAAGUUCGGCAAGAUCGUCGCGCUCAACACAGGUGUCUCCAUCCUCUACACGCUCACGGUCAGCACGGCCCUGCUCGGCAUCAUGGCCCCCGGCUCCUUCACCCGGACCAGGACUUCCUUCCUCAAAGCCCUGGGCGCUGUGCUCCUGGCGGGGGCCCUGGGGCUGGCCGCCUGCCUCAUGCUCCUCCGGAGUGGCUAUAAGAUCCCCCUGCCCACUGGGACCUCCCUAUAGCGCUGGCACUGGGUCCUGACUUAACGCACCUUUUGUCCAGUGUGUGUGGGACGAGGCCCUUGCUCUCUGAUCCCAGAGACAUGUUUCCUGGCUCGGCUCUAACUCAUUCUGUUCCCAGGCCUGAGCUGGAAAGGCGCCAAGUCGCUCAGCGUGGGAGCCGAUGCCCACCUGUGUGGCCCGCACUGCCUUCAUCACGGUGCCCAGCCACAGUUGGAUGGGAAGCUGGCUACCACCAUGCCAGACAUCCCCUGAUAGCAGAAGAGUCCAGCCCCCCUCCAUGCCGGGUCACCACGGGGGUGUCCCUCUCACACUGCCUCAGUGCUGACAACUUUCGCAUGCAGGUGUUACAGGGCCCCCACUCUGCAGAUGUGAAAACUGAGGCACCAGGAGGCAAAUUGACUGACCUGUAGCUGGGUCGGUGACAGAGCCCAGCCACCUCCUGAGUCCCAUGCUUCCCUCGGGGAAUUUGCAGGAAGAGCACAGCGGGUUCAAGGGCAGGGGCCUUGCACCCCCUAUCCUAUUUUUCCCUUCCCCCAGCUUUAUGGCGGCCAGUGCUGGGUGGUCCUGUGGUCCCUCCCAGGCCUUUUGGUCCUGGCCAGAGAGUACAGAGACUGGCCUGGGGUUCUGCAUGCCCGACCCUGGCCCCAGCCUCAACAGGCUCCUUCUCCCUGGGGGCUGCAGGGCCCCAACACAGCCUUCCUCACUGAUCCAAGUCCCCAGCUCCCCCACUCGACUCUGGGGCCGGAAUUGGGGGAGGCAGCCCCUGGGAGAUGGGGGCUGAUUGUGCCUGCCGGCAUCUCACAGCAGAUGGUUCCAAUCCCAGUGACAGGAAACUGCCGCCAUUAACACGAGCAUCGUAACAUCGCUGGCUCCCCCAUAUUCUUCAAAUCGUGAUAACUAAGUAUUCGCAGGCGAGGGGUGGGCCUGGGCCCCCCAGGGACCAAGGUCCCAGAGUGCUCUGCGUGCAGGGGCGAGGUUGGGGGCUUUGGGUAGCUCUGUGGGAGUGGGGCUCAGUAGAUGUGCCUUCUUUUAAGGGGCUCCUCUGGCUCCUCAGCUGGGGUGUUUUUGAGCACGUCUGGCGUGUCACGUGCUGCACCAGGUACUGGCCUCCUUCCUCGGGGCAGACGCUGCCCCCUGGGCUUUGGGGAGCUGCACACAGACUGAGCGGGAACUGAGCCCUGCGGGUGAGAAAGGCGUCAAGGGUGGUCUCUGGGCUAGCUCACCUGGCCCUCUGUAAAUAUUAACUGGGGUCCAGGGAUGCACAACAGCAGCACAGCACCAUGUUCCCACUUAGUGCCCGCCUGGAACCAAGCAGGGACUCGGUAUUUGUGCCGGGAACAGCAGACUUUUGGACUGCUGCCCUCCCCACCCCCACCCCCCCAUCUAUGGUGAAGACAGACACUGAGCAGUUAAUGGUACCAGUUACCGUGCCGGACAUCCUUCUGGGGAUUUGUAUUAAUCUGCUGGGGCUGCCAUAAUAAAAUGCCACCAACCGGGGUGGGGGGCGGGGGCGGCGCUUAGACAACAGAAGCUUAUUCUCUCACGGUUCUGGAGGCUGGAAGUCCAAAACCAAGGUGUCGGCAGCGUGGUUCCUCCUGGAGGUUCCAAGGGAGAAUUCGUUCUGGGCCUUUCUGCUGCCUCCUGUUGGUUGCUGGCAGUCCUUGGUGGUCCUCGGCUUCUAGACACAUCACUCCAAUCUCUGCCUUCACCUUCUCGUGCUCGUCUUUUCUCUGUGAUGUUGACGUCAUUUUCCCUUUCUAAGGACGCCAGUGGUAUCGGAUGAGGGUCUGUCUUAAUGACUCGACUUUAUCAUCUGCGAGGACCCUAUUUCCAAGUAAGCUCACAUGUGUAGGUGCCAGGGUUAGAAUUUCAGUGCGUCUUUCGGGGGGAUAUUUCAACCCAGAACAGGGCUCAGCCUGCAUAGAUCCUUCAUUAACCUUACAGAGUGGGUGCUAGCAUACCCAUUUUGCACAGGCUCUAAGAGAUGGACUUGGCUAGGUCACAUAGCUAGUUAAGGUGGAGCCAGACUUUGCCCCCAGCCAGCUUGCCCCAGGAUGUAUGCUCGGCCAGUAAGGGCAUACUGCCUGUGGGAGAACUAUAACAAAGCCCGAUGAUGGGGACAUUCAAGGUUGGUGGUCACAUCGAGCGAGAGGCCUGUGGUUAGAAAAUCUGGGAUGGAAACCGUUGAAUGUGUACCAUACUUCACACUUAAGCACUCUCUCGUCAGCCUUAUGUGAAACCUGAGCCCUUGGAGGCCCAGCAAAGAGCACUGUCUCUCAGGGGCAGGUCGUGCUUGGGACCACACAGCCCUGAAUGGGCUGCUCAGGGAUUCAGGCCAGGCCAGUGAACCCAGGGCUCUGCAGCGUAGGGGACCCUUACGGGGUUGUGCCCCUUCCAGUGAUCAGCACUGUGGGAGGAGCAGGCAAGCUUCCGGGUGAAGCCCAGGCAGGAGGGGGUGACCGGGAGGCAAGUCAACAAGACAGCCCGGAAGGUGCUCUAAGAAAGGACUGCCCCGUCUGUCUAAUAGCCUCUCCAAUAACGUAGUUUUAAAGCGGAGGCAAAGUCAUUUGCAUAUCAUUUGCAUGCAGUCCAAUAAUGCCCAUUUGUAAAGAAACCCUCAGCCCAUUUCCUUUUAAGAAAUAGCUUCUCCUCCUUCCCCUUGGCCUCUGUUUUCUUCAGUGUUGUGGGGGUGUUGAGCAGGCAGCCAGGCCUUGGCGUCGCUGUCACCUCCCCGCAGUUGACUAGGGCUGCCCUGCCUGGGCACUAUCCUGGGGACCCCUCUAGCUCUCCAGUGAGCUCGGCUCCCGUCUCACGGAUGAACACCUGGGACGCAGAGGGGAGGGUGGUUUCCGGUAGCACCAGGCUUCUCCGGCCACCCCCCACCCCGCCUCCCUGCCAGGCUCCCCCUCUGUGGGUGGCAUUCUCAACUUCAGAUCUUUAUUUCCUCAUCAAAGCUGACCUGUCCUGGUCCCUCAGGCCCUGUGUGGUGACCGCUCUGUCCAGCUCCCGGCCAGGAAUGCUCUCCUCACCAGGGGCGGGGGCCGAGGCAAGGCUGAGGGAAGGAUGUGGGUGACUAUUUGGGCCCACGCACCUGUCUACUUGUCUACAAGUAAAUCGCCCUUUAACUUGUUUGUGAAUAUUCGCACGCAGAGUCCCAGAGGCACUAACUCCCAUGAAAAGAACCUUGACCUUCCUUUGCUACUGAUGCACAGCUCACGGUUUUAAUGAGCUUUUGCUGAGCAUUAAUGAGAUGCCCUUCAUUAGCUCGGGCACAGCAGUUAUUCUGGGGUCUGUGAAGAUGUGCAGGCAUUCAGCAGGCCAAGGAGGGCCACGGGACACCAGGGGAGCCCGGCAGAGAGAGACCCUUGUCACCUGCAAAAGUUCCCUGAGCCCCAGCUUCUCUCCCUCCUUCCUUUGGAGGCCAGGAGAUACUUAUUAAUGAGAGCCAGCUUUUUUUGGAGUGCCGACUGCGUCCCAGGUCCUAUCCAUGCAUUCUUGGGAAUUCUCACAGCUUCAGAAGGGAAUGUUUUUGUUCUGUUUCACUGCUGAAGGAAAUUGAAGCUCAGAGACAAAAAGUAACUGGGCUGAGAUCACACAGCUUGUGAGAGACAGAGCUGGGCUUCCCACCCAGGGCUGUUGGCUCCUGACUAUAUGUUCUGUGUCCCCUUCAGCCUCUCAGCAUGCACCACCUUUGACCCGAGGGCCAACUGACAAAUGUCCCUCAGUUGCUGUCCCCCGCCUGCAUGCUACUCUCAGAAAAAGGAACACCAGGUCUAGAGUUGAGAGUCCAGUGUCCGAAGUCUUAGUUCCAGCCCUGCCUGGGUGACCUUGAACAAACCACUGAACAUUGAUAUAAUCCCUUGGGAAAUGGGGCAGGGGACAAAACGACGUCCAGAGCUCCGAAUCCUUCCACUGCUAUGCUGGCAGAAUUUGAGUCUCCUGAAGUCCAGCUGUCCUCUUCGUCCACCCUCGGUGGCCAUCCCAAGUCUCUCUUGUUCCCAUCAUUGUUCACAUCUGAUAGGCAGAAGAAUACCCUUUGGAGCUGUGUGUUCAUUUGUCCAACAACUUCCUUGCCGAGCACCUACUGUGUGCCAGGCACCAUUCCAGGCCUCAGUGAUACAAGGUAAUGCAAACACAGACCCAGACCCUGACCUCCUGGACCUUACUGUGGAGGUGGGGAAAAUUAACAAAAGAACCCCUCAGGGUGCCUAGGUGGCUCAGUCAGUUGAGCGUCCGACUUCGGCUCAGGUCGCGAUCUUACAGUUUGUGAGUUCCAGCCCCACGUUGGGCUCACUGCUGUCAGCUUGUUAGCACAGAGCCCACUUCAGAUCCUCUGUCCCCUUCUCUCUCUCUCUCUCUCUCUCUCUCUCUGCCCCUCCUUCACUUACGCUCUCUCAAACGAUAAAUAAAACAUUAAAAAAAAAAAAACUCAAACACAUAACCAAAAACAGACAGCAGUGAGGAAGAAGAGUGAGGAGAAAGGGCCCUUUCUGGGACUGGGACUGGGACUGGGACUGAGGACCGGUUUUCUUGCCUCUGGGGAGUUGAUCCCACCAGACACAGGCCUUCUUGAGCCAAAGGACAGCCUACUGCAGGCUGAUGUUAGGCAUAAAAGAAGGGAUUCAUUGGAUCUUCGAGGGGGCAAGGCUGGAGGCUUUGGGGGCAGCAGACAUGGAAAGAGGUAACACGCUGGCCCAGGAGAGAACAUCUGGCUCAGAGUGACACGCACAACCCACCAGGUGAAUCAAAGGGAGCUGAGCGAAGCACGCAGAGUGGCCCUCUGCACAGGCCUCGCAGGCCAGCCUCGGUUCCUGCAGAAAGUUGCUCAGGAAGAACCAAGUCUCCUUUGCCUCUAGAGGAGUUCGGAGCGGUGGUCACACGCACUCCAGCAGGCUAAAUACCAUUGCCUUUGGCAUUCAAGGCUCUGCGGAGUCCUGUGAAAUGCCAACCACUCCCAGCGGAUGUGAAAUAAUACGAGCCCAGCCUCCCUCUUCCACACAUCACUGUGCCUGAGGGGCUCAGGCUGGCAUGGGGCUUGAUGUCUUUGACCAGCCCCGCCCUCCAAGGCUGCCUGGAUUUGCCUUAGAGACUAGGUCUGCAUCCUGAGACCAGGUUGCAGCAGAAGGCAGAGUGUGCUUCCCAGCCACAAAGAGGUGCUCGGGCCCCCCCCCCACCACACCCCCAACAGGGGGCUCAAAGGGAGCCUCUUCCUUUCCCCCACCCUCUUCCUAAACUUUACUGUCUCCUUCUUGGCUUCCCCACCUGUAAUCUGUCUCCCAUACAAGCCCAUUCUUCCCUCUCUGGUCACUGCACCUUGAUUUUUCUUUGAGGAUCUUCCCGCAUCCCGGACGUGUGGUGCAGGUGAGGCUGAGGCCACCCUCCCCCGUACACACACACUCCCCCAAUUACCCCCUCACAUCACCCCCACCCCUCCACCAGGUGAGUGGGUAUGUAACCCAGGCCCGGACAAUAAGCACAUUCCAUCUCCUGACCAAAGUGAUUGGUGGAGGGAUGGGCACCUGACCCAAGCCGGUCCAUUGAGUGUCUUCCUGGGGACUUGCUGGAAUCAUGGGAAAGAUGUACUGUCUUUUGACUGAUAUUCCCAGGUUGUGGGAGGAGCCCAGAGCCUGCCUCGAAAUGAGGCCAGAUCAGAGGAAAGCAGAGCUAAGGGUAAAAGUCAAAUUUCUGAUCACGUUACUUAAGCCUCUGGAUCCAGCCAUGCCUGAAGCUAGACAUGCCUAGAUUUCUUUCUUAAGCCAAUAAACCCCCUUUUCCUUAAGCCACUUUGAGUAAGGUUCUCUUUCACUUUAAAUCAGGAGUCCUAACUAAAUAACCUCCCACCAAAGGCUUCAAGAGUUUCUAUUAUUUACAGGCUUAAGCCCCAACUCUUGCAUAUAACAUUCAAGGCCCAUAAUGACCUGGCCUUAAGCCUCCCUUCAAGCUCACCUCCUUCAAGGUCCUCCAGCCAUCCUAGACUCUUCAUCUGCCCCAGACAUUCCCCAUCUCCAUUCUGGACUAUACGCACAUGUCCCCCUCACUUUUCCCCCAUUAACACCUGUCAAACUCUGGCCCGUCCCUCAAGGCUCAGCUCAGAUGCCAUCUUCUCCAUGAAGGCUUCUACUUCUCUUGCAUGGCUCUUUGCUGGAACACCAUGUUCCAUGUUACCAUGAGUCAUGUCCACAUCUACCUUCCUGGUUGACAAAGUACUCUUAAAAAGGAAAAAGCUGUGCCCACUCCUAUGACUGCCCAAGGAAGCUGGACUCUAUCCCAGGGGAAUGGGGAUAUAAUGAAGGGUUCUUUAAAGCAGGAGACCAUUAUAGGCUUGUCCAAUUGGUAAAAAUCUUAAUGUUUGAUAACACACUCUGUUGGCAAGGUUUGGGGAAACAGGCUCUCUUAUGCAUUGUUGGUAAGAGUAGAAACAACUCAAAAUGGAGGGUAAUUUGGCGGUAACACUCAAAAUCACAACUGCAUGGUCCUUUUGACUAAGCGAACCCACUUCUGAGAAUUUAGCCUGCAGAUAAACAUACACUGGUCAAGUGUAGACGUUAAUCAUUGAAGCCUUGUCUGGUAUAGCAAAGGACUGGGGGCUCCUAAAUGUCCAUCAACACAGGGACCAAUGAAAUAAAUUAGUCCCUUCAGACAAUAGAAUACUCUAUAGUUGUAAAGAAAGAACAAGGAAGCUAAGCGCCAACAGGCGAAACAUCACCAGGCUACAUCAAAUCGGGCAACAUGGCAAAACAGUGUGUAAAAUGUGCUAGCUUAUGUGUUUAAAAAAAUAGGUAGGUGAGAGGAUAUAUACUCAUUUUCACUUGUAUAUGCAUAAAGAAAUGCUGAAGGAAACAAGAAAAGCUAAAACACUGGUUACCUGUGGGCAUGGUGGGGGGGUGGGGGAGGGUACCAGGCAGAUGGCAGACAAUCACUGGAGGAAGACUUUUUUAAUAAAUCUUUUCAUAUUCUUGGAUUUUUUUUUUGACUGCAGGAAUGUAGUACCUGGAUGAUUGUUUUUUUAAGCAGAGGAGAAAUGUGGCUUUCAUCUACUCCUUAGAGAGCUCACUCUGGCUGCAGGACAGAGGGUAGACUGGAGGAGGGUGUAGUGAGGCAGGGUGAACAGUGAGGAAGGAGGGAGGGGAGCACCCUCCACCCAGAAAAAGCAUCUACAAACAUCAGCUGAAGUGCUCUGAACCCAGGCACUGCCAGGAGCUGGUGGGGCCAAUGGCAGCCUCCCUGCCUCCUUCUCUAAGCAGAAACAUGGGACAACCACCUGCUCUGGAGCCAAAGAAUUUAAUCAGAGGCUUUGGAGUGACCAGGAGUGUGGCAUUGCCUGAUGCCUCUUCCUCUCCCCCUUGUAGUUGGGAAGGCAGAGGGGAUGCUUGGUAGGGGCACAGGGUGAUAGAAAAAGGCCGGGGCCAGGCUAUGUGUCUGGGCUGGUGUGCAGUCUUAGAAAUCGGGUUUUGUGUCCUCAUUCUGCCUCCAUUAGCUGUGUGAAUUUGAGCAAGUCACUUGCUCUAUCUUAACCUGUUUGCUCAUCCAUUAAAUAGAAUAGUCCAUGGUGCAUGCUUGUUGUAUUUUAAAUGAGAUAAUAUAAUGCCAAGGACUUGGCCAUAGUGAUAUCUGCUAAACCAUCAUCACUACCAUCAUCAUUGUUGUAUAACAGAUUUCUCCCAACUCAGGGUAGCAUUUAUGUGCUUCAAGUUGCAAAGCUGUUCAAUAAAUAGGGACUAUUUGCUUCCCAAUUAGUUUUUCUCCAACUGUGAGUGGAAUGUUUUUUCCUGUCCCAUUGAUGCUGGGUCUGGCCAUAUGACUUUGCAUUGUCUACUGGGAUGCUGGCAGGCGUGAAGCAAGCAAAGGCUUGAAAUACGUCUGUCUGAGGGGACUUGCCCUCUGAGCUUCUGCUUCUCCAAGAGAAAGAUGUGUCCCAGGGAGCCCACCUGUUCUAGGAGGCUGAGAGAUAUGUGGAACAGACUGGAUCCAAGCUGUAGUCUAGAGUCAAGCAAAGCUAGUCCUAGCAUAGAUCACCUGACUCUCAGCUGACACUGUAAGUGAUUGUUGUUUUAUGCCACUGGGUUUGGGGAGAUUUGUGUUGCAGCAUUAUUGCAGCAAUAGCUGACUGAAGCAUUGGCCAUUACUUCCAGAAUAAAGUUGAAGGUCCUUCA